AGACGGGUUCUCUGCUGUCUCGUCUCCACUGUGGACAUGAGGACAGUACUAACUGUUUGCUUCUCCUUGCUGUGCCUCAGUGCCGCCUCACUGGCGUUAACCCGCGAGUACUACAUUGGCAUCAGGGAAGUCGAAUGGAAUUACGCUCCCAGCGGCAAAAACGUCAUUGCUGGCACUAAGAUCGACAAGGACGAGCAUGCAUCUGUAUUCCUGAAACGUGGUCCAACCAGGAUAGGAAGUGUGUACAAGAAGGCCGUGUAUCUGGAGUACACUGAUGGCAAUUACACCAAGGAGGUUGCAAAGCCAGAAUGGCUGGGAUUUCUGGGACCUGUUAUUAAGGCAGAGCAAGGAGACACCAUCAUUAUUCACCUGAAGAAUUUUGCUCUUCGGCCUUAUUCAAUACAUCCUCAUGGUGUCACCUACACAAAAAGCAAUGAAGGUGCAUUUUAUCCCGACAACACCACGAAUCUGGAGAAACGGGAUGAUAUUGUAAACCCCGGUAAAAAUUAUACCUACCACUGGGAUUUAACACAAGAUCAAAGCCCAACAAAAGAUGACUUUGAAUGUUUGUCAAGAAUCUAUCACUCACACAUCGAUGCUCCCAGGGAUAUUUCAACUGGACUUAUUGGACCAUUGAUCAUUUGUAAAAGAGGUGUUUUAACCAGCAAGAAGAAACAAUGGGCGAAUGAAGAGUUUGCCUUGCUCUUCUCUGUAAUGGAUGAAAAUGACAGCUGGUACCUGGAUUACAAUAUCAAACACUACUGCACUACCCCAAAUAACGUGGACAUAAAUGAUGAAGAUUUUAUUGAAAGUAACAAAAUGCACUCCAUAAAUGGAUACGUCUAUGGGAACCUGCCUCAUCUAUCGAUGUUUACUGGGGAUAAAGUGGUUUGGUAUCUCUUUGGGAUGGGGAACGAGGUGGAUAUCCACUCAGCAUACUUCCAUGGGCAGAUGCUGGUUACUGCUGACCGCCGCACUGAUACCAUCAGUCUAUUCCCUGCCACAUUCGUUACUGCUGUAAUGGUGCCCAACAAUCCCGGAAAGUGGCUUCUCAGUUGUCAAGUCAAUGACCAUGUUGAAGCUGGAAUGCAGGCCUUGUUUGAAGUUGUUGACUACGAGAAGAAAACCAAAAAGCCAGCAAGUAAAGGAAAGGAAAGGCAAUAUUACAUUGCUGCAGAGGAAAUAGUAUGGGACUAUGGACCUUCAGGCAUUGACCAAUUCACAGCAAAGCCUCUGGACAAUCCACAUGGAGAUGCUGUGGUGUUCUUUGAAAGAGGAGAAACAAGAAUUGGAGGAAAAUACAUAAAGGCAGUUUACAGAGAAUACACAGAUGAAACUUUUAAAAAGCUCAAGCCCAGGACACCUGAUGAGGAGCAUCUUGGAAUACUUGGACCCAUCAUUAAGGCAGAGGUUGGAGAUAACAUCAAGGUGACCUUCUGGAAUAACGCCAGCCAGACCUACAGCAUGCAACCUCAUGGACUAUUCUACGAGAAAGAUGUUGAGGGAGCCAAUUAUCAGACUAACACCACAGAAUUUGUGGGGCAACCAUCUCGAUCUCCUCAUGUGAUGCCUGGUCGCACGUUCAUUUAUCAGUGGAGUGUCCCCAAAGAGUAUGGGCCUGGCAGCAGUGACCCUGACUGCCAGACUUGGCUCUAUUACUCAGCCGUGGACUCCAUCAAGGACAGCAGUUCAGGUCUGAUUGGACCUCUCAUCGUGUGCAGGAAGAACGUACUGGACUCACGGGGAAAACAGAAAAAUGUGGACAAGGAAUUCUACCUGAUGGCGACAGUAUUUGAUGAAAACCUAAGCUGGUAUUUAGACAGCAACAUCAAGAGAUUUACAACUAAACCCAAAGCUGUAGAUAAAGAGGACGAAGACUUCCAAGAAUCAAACAAAAUGCACGCAAUCAAUGGAUACAUGUACGGCAAUCAACCAGGACUGCAGAUGUGCAAGGGAAACUUAGUGCACUGGCAUCUGAUGGGCCUGGGGUCAGAGGUCGACAUCCAUGGGAUUUACUUCCAGGGCAACACCUUCACAAGCCGAGGGACGCAUAGAGACACAAUGAAUCUGUUUCCACACAUCUCAACCACCGUCGCCAUGCAGCCAGAUAGUUCAGGCACAUUUGAAAUUUCCUGCAAGACCACAGAUCACUUCGCUGGAGGAAUGAAACAGUUUUAUACAGUGAAUAAGUGCUCCCUGUUCAACUUUCCUUCAUUUUCUCACCAUGAAAAGACGUACUAUAUUGCAGCGAUUGAGAUCGAAUGGGAUUAUUCACCCUCAAGGAAUUGGGAACGGCAACGGCAUAUAUUUCAUGAAGAAAGUCCCGGCGAGGCUUAUGUAGUUCAAGGAAAUGUGACAAUUGGUUCCAAGUAUAAGAAAGUCGUUUAUCGGGAAUAUACUGAUAAGACAUUUACCAAACAAAAGGAAAGAACUAAAGAGGAGCAACACCUGGGAAUUCUAGGUCCUUUACUUCAUGCAAACAUGAAUGAUAAGCUCAAAAUUGUCUUCAAAAACCUCGCUUCAAGGCCAUAUUCUAUUCAUUCACAAGGAGUGAAGGAAGAAAGCCCUACGGUUAAAUACACUCUUCCAGGUGAGACAGAAACGUAUAUUUGGAAGAUUCCCGCUCGAUCUGCCCCUACAAAUGAGGAAUCCCGGUGCAUUCCAUGGGCUUACUACUCAACUGUAGAUCCAAUUAAGGAUUUGUACAGCGGCCUGAUAGGGACUCUGGUAACCUGUCGGAAGAACUUCUUGGAAAAAAUUGGUUUGAAGAAAUCAGAGUACAAGGAGUUUGCUCUUCUCUUCCUGGUGUUGGACGAGAAUCAGUCAUGGUAUUUGGAUGAGAAUAUUAAAAAUUACUGCUCCACGCCGAAGCAAGUUGACAAAGAAGAUGAUGAUUUUAUUGAGAGCAACAAAAAACACGCUAUUAAUGGGAGGCUCUAUGGAAACUUGCUUGGAUUGGAUAUGUAUGUGGGUGACAAAGUAGUUUGGUAUCUCACUGGCAUGGGCAAUGAGGUGGACAUGCACACAGCUCAUUUCCACGGACACAGCUUUGAAUACAAGAUGAAUGGAGUCCACCAUGGAGAUGUUUACGAUCUUUUCCCAGGAACGUUCCAAACUGUGGAAAUGCUUCCACAACAUCCAGGCACCUGGCUCCUCCACUGUCAUGUAACAGAUCACAUCCACGGGGGCAUGGAAACAACAUAUACAGUCCACAAAAAACCAGAAAAAGGGAGCAGCUUUUUAUCGUUCGGGAAGUUGUUUGGUUCCAACUAAUUAGGAUCAGUUGAAGAUUGUACAGAUAUCUUUCGCAGCUCGAACUCCAGCUAAUGACUUCAAUCUCAUGCAAAAGGAUGUUGCAUUGGAAGUGUUGCUGAGAUUGUUACGUGGACCCCGUUGUCGACAAGUGUCUAAUAAAAUUUUUAAGUCCA